AUGGCGUUCAGACCGGAGCUUCAUCAGCGGACGGGCAGGAGAUCUGCCUUCCUUCUGGCUGCGCUUGCCUUGGGCUAUGGCAGUUCAGCCUUCGUCUUCCCAAGGAUAGCGAAGGCGUACCAACGCCAGGAUCUGGCGCCCUCUGUGGUGAGGCACGCUGCCAAGGAGAGAAGCCCCGUAGAGCGAAUGCAGAGAUUUCUUCGACCCCGAAUGGGGAAGGGAACCAUUCGUGAGCUGCCUUCUAACGCUGAGAUGAUCGGCAGCUUGAAAAUUGCUUACGAGGUAGUACUGAAGAAGCCCAUGGGCAUUGUCUUGGAAGAUGGACCCCAAGGGCCAGGAUUCGGAGUUGGUGUUGCAGACGUCCUGGAGACUGGCAGCGCGCAUAAGCUCCUCCAGGAAGUGCUCUUCGAGGGCAAAGACUCCAUGUGGAUCCAGGAGGGCGACGAGCUUGAGGCGGUGAAUGGGGAGCCUUUGGACGGCUUCAAGGAAAAGGCGACUGAGCUCGUGAUGAACUCCGGGGACGAAGUGCGGUUGACUCUGUCCCGCCCGCGCAAAGGGUACAUCAAGGUGGUCUUCCCCGACGGCAAGUCCAUCACUUCCCCGCGGGCAGCGACUUUGGACCGGCUCGCAGAAAAGGCGGGCUACCGGACCGGCUGCACCGCGCCCGACGGCCGAAGUCCUGAGUGCUUCUACAAGGAUCCCGCGACCGGUGAAGUCUACGUCCUCCCACUGAACGUGCCUGGCCUGGUCCCUUCCGUGUGGCGCAAAUCUGAUGAGGGCGGGGUGAGGCCAGGUGAAGCUGAGUUCGAGUGUUGGAUUCCCUUGCGUCUGGUGCCAGCUCCUGAAGAGUACGAGAAGGCCAUCCAGGAGGAAGCUGCCGAGAGUGCGAGACGUGAGAGCGAAAGAUGA